AAAAUGAGUGACAGAUUUUUAUGUCAAAUAAGUUUUGCAGUAAGUUUUGAUUGAAUUCGAUUCGAACACCUGUAAACUUUCUUUCUGUUGUUUUUUACCGGUGCCUGUGUAUUUACCUAUUUGCACUUUGUUUUGUGCUGAUAACUUGUCGUUAUUUGGAGUUUGGAAUCUUCCGUUGAGUCGAGCUUUGUUCUUCCGGAUAUUCGUGUGAUUUUAUCAUCUGAGAUUGGACUCUUGACUGUGUUUACUGUGUUGUGCAGAUAUUUUGAGAUAGGACUCCUGUAAAAAGUACCUUAUUAUUUGAGAUAGGAGUCCCAAGUUUGUGUUUGUUUUUGUGAAAGACAGAUUUUACAACAAAAGUGCCACGAUGUCUUCAGAUAAACUUUGUUGCGUUCCUGGUUGUAAAGGCAGUGAAGAUGUACCAUUAGCCUUCUGAACCUUUCGGGCCAAGAGGUGCCCAGCGUCCUACACCUAUAUCAUAACGGUUCACCAAGCCAGCGAUGUCGCCCCAAGCCAGCUUCAGUAGACUGGAACGCGACUACAUCGCUGUAAUGUGGAGAAGAGGCCAGAGUCGCUCGCCGUAGCGUAUCUACUGACUGGUGUGGGGAGCGGGGCAGUCGCAAAGAUGAAUCUCCUCAACAUGGACGCGGAGAACCGCGUCGUUCUAAACGUAGGAGGGAUUCGCCACGAGACGUACAAGGCGACAUUAAAGAAAAUCCCGGCCACGCGGCUCUCAAGGCUGACGGAGGCGCUCGCCAACUACGACCCUGUGCUCAACGAGUACUUCUUCGACAGGCACCCUGGGGUCUUCGCGCAGGUCCUCAACUAUUACAGGACUGGCAAACUCCACUAUCCGACGGACGUGUGCGGUCCUCUGUUUGAGGAAGAACUGGAGUUUUGGGGUCUCGACGCCAACCAGGUCGAGCCUUGUUGCUGGAUGACUUACACCCAGCAUCGCGACACCCAAGAGACCCUGGCCGUCCUGGACCGCCUAGACCUGGAUACGGAGAAGCCUUCUGACGAGGAAGUGGCUCGGAAGUUCGGCUUCGAAGAAGACUACUACAAGGGCACAGUGUCGUGGUGGCAGCAGCUGAAACCUCAGAUGUGGUCGUUGUUUGAUGAGCCUUAUAGUUCCAAUGCUGCGAAGAUAAUCGGGGUGAUAUCAGUGUUUUUCAUAUGCGUGUCCAUAAUAUCGUUCUGUUUGAAAACGCACCCGGACAUGAGAGUGCCAGUGAUCAGAAACUAUACAGUGACGACAGCGAACCAGACGCCGAGUUGGGCGUUAGACAAAGUGCAAACAAACGCUCAUAUAGCGUUCUUUUAUAUCGAAUGUGUGUGCAACGCGUGGUUUACAUUAGAAAUCUUAGUGAGAUUCAUAUCAUCGCCUAACAAGUGCGAAUUCGUCAAGUCCUCCGUAAACAUCAUCGAUUACAUUGCAACGAUGAGCUUCUACAUCGACUUGAUUCUCCAAAAAUACGCUUCUCAUGUCGAGAACGCUGAUAUUUUGGAGUUCUUCUCCAUCAUCAGGAUUAUGAGGCUCUUCAAGUUGACGAGACACUCGUCGGGCCUCAAGAUUUUGAUCCAGACUUUUAGGGCGUCUGCUAAAGAGUUGACGCUUUUAGUCUUUUUCUUAGUUUUGGGUAUAGUUAUAUUUGCCAGUUUGGUGUAUUAUGCUGAGAGAAUACAAACAAACCCACAUAACGACUUCAACAGUAUACCUUUGGGUUUGUGGUGGGCCCUAGUUACUAUGACCACUGUGGGGUAUGGUGAUAUGGCCCCAAAAACAUAUGUUGGGAUGUUUGUUGGAGCGUUAUGUGCUUUAGCUGGGGUAUUAACAAUAGCCCUUCCAGUACCCGUCAUAGUAUCAAACUUUGCUAUGUAUUAUUCUCAUACACAAGCAAGGGCUAAAUUGCCUAAAAAACGACGCAGAGUCAUCAACGUCGAGCCAACUAGGCCACCCAUGCGUGCACCGGGAGUUCCAGGGGCGCCCGGGACUGGGGGUCCUUUAACAGCUGGCAUGGGACCCCAAGCCGUAAACCGUAGGAUGAACGCAAUUAAAACAAACCAUCCCAAAGAUAUGAUGGGACCUAACAUGGUUGCUACGCUGAUGCCGGGAAUGGACAUAUCAGUUGCCACAAGAUUAACCCCAAGCCCUCGAGACAUGAGUCCAGCUUUAGCUAUAGCACUGCCUAUGAUGAAGUCAGUCAACAUUGUACCAGCCCAAUGCUUCGAUAACAUGGCUUUCCAUGGAGAGAAACCUGAAGCUACAACUGAUAGUGAUAGAGAAGGCAGUAAAAGUACAAGCCGUCAAGAUUCCGUUGAGUCAAAUAAUACAGUAAGAGCAAAUAAUUACAAAAACGGAAUUUACAUUGACAAGAGUGAAGAAAGAACUGAUGCCAGGACGCCGUUGUUAAGAGAUCACAAAAUAGAAUCGCUUGAUGAAAAUAAAAUGCGCGAGAGCAAAAUUGAGAAAAGAAAGUCUUCUGCUUCGACAUAACAUAUGUUAUUUGCUAAUUAGUAUGAAAUCAACGAGACCAAUAGAACUAAGAAUCAUUUAAAACUUCCUGUUGCUAAAUUCAUCUGAAUCAAAACUGGCCGCGGCGUCUUUUGUGUUAAAAUUUAUAGGGAAGGUGAAUUUGUAAUGGUAUCGAUGAUAGCUUUCGGAAAUAUUCGUGACAAUUGGAUAUCAAAAGAUCUUUUUUUAUAUUAUUAAAAUCAACAUUACAAAAAUAAGUCACAAUAUCCUUGCGCAUGUCAUUUUUAAUAUUACAUUUUAACCUUCGGAGUAGAUGUAAAAAAUCGAAUUAUCAGCGGUGGGACGAAAUGAGAAAUGCCUUCAAAACAGUGCUAUGACCCUAAAUUAAUGAACCGUUUUUCUUUAGAUGAAGCAUUCAAAGGCCGUGAUAGACCUAAGUUAGUUAAGCAGUGUUUAAAGCACUCAUUUUACACAUAAAACGUUAGAAUAGCCUAUCACAAAUAGUCUUAAUGUUAGUCAAACUGUUAUGUCUAGACCGCUUAAACAAGUUUGUUUAUAAACAUAUUUUUAUUUAAACCUACAACAUUAAAAUCAUGAUAACAUUUAUUCAUUCAAUUCUUCUAAAAUAUAAGUUUAAUCAAUAUUUAUGAUAACUUAUUAUUGUAACUUUUACGUACAACAAAUGUUGUUCAAUCAUAAACAUAUCACUAACUAAAAACAUAACCUAUGUUCAAGUCUUUAUAUUAAGAUAAAAAGAAACUGUUUAAGCUGUAUAUACAUACAUGGAAAGAAUGACCAUUUAAUCAUUACGUAUAAUCAUCAUAACGACCAGAUUUAACAUUAAUAAGUUUACUGUCCAUUAGUGGAAUUGACAUGAACUGUACAAGAUUCCAAAAGCAGAAAGCUAUUAAUAUGUUUAUAAAUUAUCUGAAUGCUUCUUUUAUAAAAGCAUUAAGCAAAGCUUUGAACAUAAUUCGCAACUUAAAUUAUUUUGGUCGGUUGUCAAUUGUAUAAUACAACUAACAAAUUUGGAUUCACGAUUAUACCAAUCAUUUGAAAUAUAUUUUUGUCAAUAACAAUGCUUACUACUUAAAGUGAAAACAAAAUUUCUUUAAUUAAAUAUGUACGUGGACUAAUUACACAGAUUGAGUUAGCCUCGAAGUAAGUUCGAAACUUGUGUUUCGAGAUACUAACUCAACGUUACUAUAGUUUAUAAUAAUUACUGAUAUAAAUAAACAUCCAAGACCCGGACCAGUUAGAGAAAGUUCGUUUCUCAUCAUGCCCUGACUGAAAUUCGAACCCGGGACCUCCGGUGUCACAGACAAGCGUAUUACCGCUGCGCCACAGAGGCCGUCAAAAAUAAAAUAAUAAGUAAACGGAAUUCAAACUUUCUUUGAGCCGCUAUGUAUGCACUAAUUAAAGAAAAAUUUACUUUUUUCAUCGUUUUACAGAUAUAUUACACAAUAUUAAAAAAUUUCUAAAUAAAAGUAAUUUUUUUUUUAACUAAACACUCCAUUUAAACUCCCAAAAAGCUGCUCUAUGGAAUCUUUACAGCCUACAUGCUCGUUUCAAAUAAGUAAACAAUCGUUAAUAUAAUGUAUAUAACAAAAUUAUUAGUAGCGUUAAUAAUUUUAUAUCUUGGCGAUUACAUAUUUAUAAAUCACCACACGGAAACACAUAUCAUCAGCACUUUCUUUCAUUCUCGAUGUUACAAAUUUAUUUUAUGUAUAUAUAAUUACAAUUUAAUUAAUCUCUACUUAAUGUAAGGUUGAGUGUAGAUAGCAGUCAAAACAAUUUUUAUCACAAGACCAUGAAUUUCAUUAAUGUAACGAAAUAUCUUCUGAUAAUGUACUAGAUGAAAUAUUUUAUACGUAUAUUGAUGCGUUUGGCAAAUAAGCAAAUAAAGGGUGAAGCCAAAAAAGAAUAUUGAACGUAAGGUAAAUUUUCUUAUAAGAUAUUUCAUCUAUAAUAACAAAGUUGCUUUUAAUUAAACGUUUAUAUACCUGUUAUAAUUCGAGCAUAAUUAGAUUAAAAUUCGCGUUAAAUUGGCAAUAUACUCACAAUGGAAGUUGAGUCCGCAGAAUCUAUCCCUAGAUGGAUGCAAUAUGGUCAAAACAUUGCGACCUAUUUCGAGUAUAUGCAUAAAAACUUUGAAUUCAUAUCCUAAAAAGCAUAUUCAUUCUGUUAUUUUUUUAAUAAAUAAAUGUUGCUUAGCAACCGUAGAGCGAAGCACAAAGAUAAUAAAUAACGUUGAUAACGAUAAUAACUGGAAAACGUUUUCUAAAAUUGCGGGACCCUAAAAAAAUUAUGAUGUACCUGUAUUAUCAGUUAAAACAAUUUGUUUCUUUUUUUAAAUAAAUGGCGUUAUUUUGCUGUUUACUACUAACGAGAACGCAUAAAAUGCAAUAAUUUUAAUGUUGUGUAGAUAGCACAAAGUUAUGUUUUAAUAAAAUAUAUUUGUAUAUAAUUUUAGUCGUAAUUUUUAGUGCUUAUUGUAAAAAAAAUUAAACACUUUGAAAAAAAAAUAUUUGGCUAGAAAGCGGAUGGUAUAUAAUGUAUUAAACUGUCUAGAACAUAUUAUACCAAAAGAAAAAAAAACGAUAGUUAUUGAAACUUUAAAAUUCCAUUUCCAUAAUUUAAAUUUCUAUAUUUUCAUGCCUUAAUAAAUGCUUAAAUAUGGAAUUUCAAUUAAUUUUUAUUGAAAAUAAAACAACGGAUCACUACAACUUUUUUUAAUUAUAGCUGACCUAUUUUGCAAUGCUGAAUAAUAUAUGAACGUAACAAUGAGGUUUAAAGUUUUCCAAUUUAUUAUGCUUGAUUUUUUUUAUUAUAACUGAAAUAUAAAAUAUAUUUUUGUUUGAAAAUGCGAUCCAACAUUGAAACUAUAGAAAUAUUAAUUUUAUUUUUCGUCUAAGUGAUGGUAUACCAUACAUUUAUAAUAAAUUGAUGACACUGCUAGUCUACUAUUGGCUACUUAGUGUUAUAUUUUGAUAAAUUAACUAAUAGCGAGAGACUAUUUCGAAAAAAAAUUUAAGCACUGAUUUUUUUUUCUCUUUGUGAUUUUUUUUAUAUUUUGUAUUUGAACUUCUAUAGUAUCAGUAAUAAAUUACGAUUGAAAUUAUUGUUUUAUAUGUAUUAACGUUUUUUUUAAAUAAAAAAUAGUCUCUGGCUCUUAGACUAUAAAUGUAAAUGGGCGUUCAAUAAAAUUGCAAGCAAUGACGUAGGAUAAGGCUUCAACAGUGAGUAAACAGGGCUUGUAUCUUAUUGUAUAGCGUUCUAUAUAUACAUAUACAAUUUUGAACAAUACAAAAACAAUUUAUUUGACAUAUAUUGUUCAUUAAAUAUUGUAAAAUUA